CUGACUUCCGGCCGGACAGCAUUCUAUGCGCGCGCUGUCAGUUUGCGCGUUCUCGCGAAGCUGAGUCGAGUGAAGUGGACAUCCCAUUUGAAGACUUAUCAAGACCGUUUAAUAGUUCAUAUAUCUGCGACAGAGGCCAUGUCAACCGAUUCGUGGGCUCUAGCUGUGGACGAACAAGAGUCUACAGCCAAGCCUAUUAAGAACUUGAGGAUAAUGGAAGCGGGAGAUACAGCUUCACGUCAGACUAAUGAUGAUGGUGACAAAUCUGAUGAAGAGGAAAAAGAGGACAAAGCCACACAGUCUCUCCUUAAUAAGCUGAUCAGAAGCAAUGUGGUCAACAACACAAACCAAGUGGAGGUUCUUCAGAGAGACCCAAACUCACCACUGUAUUCAGUCAAGACCUUCGAGGAGCUGAGACUGAAACCUCAGUUGCUCAAAGGCGUCUAUGAAAUGGGCUUCAACAGACCAUCUAAAAUCCAAGAGAAUGCCCUUCCCAUGAUGCUCGCCGAACCACCUCAGAAUCUGAUCGCUCAGUCUCAGUCUGGCACUGGUAAAACAGCCGCCUUCGUGCUGGCCAUGCUCAGUCAUGUGGACCCAGGCUUAAAAUGGCCGCAGUGUCUGUGCAUUUCUCCCACAUAUGAACUCGCUCUGCAGACGGGUAAAGUCAUUGCGCAAAUGGGCAAGUUUUAUCCUGAAGUUAAACUGGCAUAUGCUGUUCGAGGACAUAAAAUGGAGCGUGGCGUUAAGAUCAAGGAGCAGAUCGUCAUCGGCACACCUGGGACAGUUCUGGACUGGUGCGUUAAGCUGAAGCUCAUCGACCCGAAAAAGAUCAAAGUGUUUGUUCUGGACGAGGCUGAUGUCAUGAUUGCUACACAGGGACACCAAGACCAGAGCAUCCGCAUUCAGAGAAUGCUGCCCAAAGGCUGUCAGAUGUUACUUUUCUCUGCCACCUUUGAGGACUCUGUGUGGAAGUUUGCCGAGCGGGUCGUGCCGGAUCCCAACAUCAUCAAGCUUAAACGAGAAGAGGAGACCUUGGACACUAUCAAGCAGUACUAUGUGCAAUGCAACAGCAAGGAGGACAAGUUCAAUGCACUCUGUAACAUCUACGGAGCCAUCACUAUCGCACAAGCUAUGAUCUUCUGUCAUACUCGAAAAACAGCCAACUGGCUUGCCGGCCAGCUGUCUAAAGAGGGCCACCAGGUGGCGCUCCUCAGUGGGGAAAUGGUGGUUGAGCAGAGAGCAGCUGUUAUUGAACGUUUCAGAGAUGGCAAGGAGAAAGUUCUCAUCACUACUAAUGUCUGUGCAAGAGGUAUUGAUGUUGAACAAGUGUCAGUGGUGAUCAACUUUGACCUUCCACUGGACAAAGAUGGCAAUCCAGACAACGAAACGUACCUCCACCGGAUCGGUAGGACUGGACGCUUUGGCAAGAGAGGACUCGCUGUCAACAUGGUGGACAGUCAGCGCAGCAUGGAGAUUCUCAAGACAUACGAGAGGCAUUUUAAUAAGAAAAUUUUGAGGCUGGACACGGAUGACCUUGACGAAAUUGAAAAAAUCGCCAACUGAAGUGAUGAAGAGCGAAAUCCACAUUAUUUUCAUAAAAAUCAGUUCUGCUGUUACCUUAUGAUGUUUACAUCAAUUAUCGACGCAUAUUUAAAAGAAUGCGCUUUAACUCGACAAGCUUAAUGCCAAAUAGUUUUGAUUCUAAGCUUAUGGUAUUCCAGGACCUUUUGAAUCAGUUUGCGUUUGAUAGAGUGUGAUUUCAUUUAGAAGUGAAUUGAAAUACUAAUUCCUACAUUUAACCUUGUUUACUGGAGAGUUUAACGUAGGCAUUUUGUCUAUCUACUUGACUAAAAAAGCAUAUCUUGAAUAGUGUUGCACUCUGAAGUAAGUUGACUACCUUUUGGUCUUAUGUGUGAAUAGAAUCAUAACAGACUUCAGUAUUUAUUAUAUCACAGUAUCUGAGAAGAUAAAAGUCAGUAAGGAAGAGAAUCUCUGAUAAAUAUAGUCAACCAUUGGGAUUUCGUAAAUUCAGCAUGCCUUCAAAUUCGCACCAAAUUAUAAUGCGCACAAAUGACACAGUCCCUUAAAACCAACUCGAAACACUAACAUUCCUCAAGAGCACUUUAGAAUAAAUAGACAUUUUUUUAUGAGAAUUGUGUAAAAACACAAUAAAGUAUUAUUGUGAUAUAUAAUGAUGCCAUUGUACUUGAACUACAAAACCAUUUAAGCUUUUGGAAGAAGAAAGAGUUUGUUUGUUUUGUUCUGUUCAAACAGACCAAAUAUUAGUUUGAGUUUUAGUUGCACUGAAUUAUUUGAACAUUCGCUAGCAUGUUCUGUUCCGUUGCAGGAAAUGCAGCACUUUUACAAAGUACUACUGAAGAGUGAUUGUUUUGUAGCUAUACUGUUAGGAAUGGCUGCUCUACUCUUGUUUGCUAAAAGCAAAAUUAUUUUAGUUUGUUUACAUUUUUGCUGCUCAAAGUAAUGCACUUUGUUUGACUGAAACCCAUUUGCGAUUGCAUUUAGCAUUUCAGGUUUUUUGUACAUUAGCUGCAUUUAGGGUUUUAUAGUUGUUUCCUCUAUAUUCUUAUAAUAAUAAAACUAUCACAUGGCUCA